AUGACAUCCACGACAUUAUCCAGGGGACAAGUCAUCGGCGAAAUCGACAAGUCCCAGCAGAAAUUCUUGAAAACAAACUGCUCCUCGAGCCCGACAUCCCGCUUUACCCAGUCUAUCCGUGCCAAAGGAUCCACUACCAUUUCUAUCCAUGCGCCUUCCAGGGUCGAGGACAAGGGAGAUAAGUCUGCCGUGACCCUGACUGGUCGUCUUUCCAAAGAGUACAUCAGUGGCACAGUGGCAGAAAUCCGCACUGCUGUUGGCAUUAAGCUAGGCGCCAGGCGGAGCAAGAAAGUCACAGUCAAGAUCUGGAGACCCAUUUACAACGACCAGGACGAAAUCGCUCGUGUCGAUGUAGAGCACAAGGGAAUCCGAUGCAAAAGCGGCCAGAAGAGAGAAGAAACAGACGAUCAAGUGGGCCUUCAGCUUACCCUGGAAGAUUUUGCCUAUUGCCGAAAAGAGGAUGAAUACCCUAGUCUGGCGGAUUAG